UUUUCUCUCUCAUCAAAAACCCUCUUCCGUGUUCUUCUUCAUCUUCAUCUUCUCCAUCCUUCCAUUAAACCCACAGAACAAAUCAAACCCUAAGUAAUUCCUCACUCAUGAACCACCACCACCCUUCCCCAUGAAUCCCCCCUGCAAAUUCCCCUAUCAAUUCAUCGCUACUCACCUCAAUCACUCCACCUUCAUCGGCGCAAACCACACCUCCGCCCGUUUCUGCUCCCGGUAACACCUUCUCAAACCCUAAUUCGAUCAGUUUCUUCACAAUUCACACACUUUGACCACUAAUUCACCUUCUCAAACACUAAGUUUCAUCCGAUUCGUCCAUUCAAUUCAAUUCUUUUCAUUUUUUUUAACAAUCUCUUCACAGUUUGAUUACAAUUUGUUUACAAUUUCGAUGGAACUGGUCGCCGGAAAAUUCGGCGUCUUCCGAAACGUCGUCGUUCGCUUCCUCCUCUUCUCUCUCCUCAUCGUCAUCAUCCGGUUCGCUUACGUCAUCACAAUCCGAGGCGAAUCGUGCGUCGCGGGAGACGAUUUCUGCUUCUUCUCUGCCACCGCAUCCACCGGUAACCAUAACCUAGUCACCGCCGCGUCUGGCGGUGGCCACACCGGCCGCUCCUCCGUUAUCCUCAAUCCUACCGCCGCGGCUUCGCCGGAGUUUCACAAACGCGUGAUGUUCUACAUCACCGUGUUUCAGGAUCUCAUCGUCGAUGGCUUCCUGAACAUGCAAUCGAAAUCUCUGUGCCUCGAAACUCCCGCCGGAGAAGACGUGUACGCUCUGAGAGAAAUCGGCGUUGAAGAUUCCGUCGGAAUAUUCAAAAAAGCGAUGAAACCGUUGGUGGUUAACGGUCUAGGGUUCCGGCAACCGUUUGAAGAUAAUACGUUUGAUUUUAUAUUUUCCGGUAACGGAGUUUUGGACAGAUCGGAUAAAACGGCGUCGUUCGCGUCGGAAAUUGGCCGGACGCUUAAACCGGAAGGAUACGUUGUUGUUCACACCGGUUCUAUAGAUACAUAUAGUUUCAAUUCUUUCAUUCGUUUAUUUAAUUGUUGUAAGUUUAUAAGUUCCCGUGAGUUUGAUGGAUUCGAUUCCGAUUUGCCUCGUGUUCAUGAGAUUGUCAUGAAGAAAGAAAUCGAUAUGAAAAUUAGGUCGAAAACCGAUCCGAAUUCGAAGAAUUCGGUUGGUUCGUGUUCGGUUCCGGGGUAUAAACAGGAAUUGUUGAAGAAAGCCGAGCCGUUGAUUGAAUCCGAGCCGUUGAAACCGUGGAUUACGUUGAAGAGAAACAUCGAAAACGUGAAGUAUCUAUCUUCGAUGGCGGAUAUCGGGUUUAAGAAUCGCUACGUGUAUGUUGAUGUCGGGGCUCGUAGCUACGGGUCCAGCAUUGUGAGCUGGUUCAAGAAACAAUACCCGAAACAGAACAAGACGUUUGACAUCUACGCGAUUGAGGCCGACAAGCAUUUUCAUGAUCAGUACAAGUCGAAAAAGGGGGUCACGUUGUUGCCGUAUGCGGCUUGGGUGAGAAAUGAGAGCUUGGUGUUUGAGAUUAAUCAGACUCCGGGUGACGAAAAUGUGGAAACGGGGCGGGGAAUGGGUCGGAUCCAGGCUGCGAAAACAGGUGGUGGGAUUGUGGGGUCUACUGAUGUGAUACAAGGGUUUGAUUUUGCUGACUGGUUGAAGAACACAGUGACAGAGAAUGAUUUUGUGGUGAUGAAGAUGGAUGUUGAAGGGACUGAGUUUGAUUUGAUCCCGAGACUGAUUGAGACGGGUGCGAUCUGUUUGAUCGAUGAAGUGUUUCUUGAAUGUCAUUACAACCGGUGGCAGAAAUGUUGUCCGGGUGUGAGGAGUCCGAAAUACCAGAAGAGUUAUGGGCAAUGCUUGGAUCUGUUUAAAUCUUUGCGACAACGCGGAGUUCUUGUUCAUCAAUGGUGGUAAUGGGUUUAUCGGGUAAUCGGUACGCCUUGUUUACUUGAAAAUGUUGUAGUUUUAAUCUUUUUACAUGAACAAAUCAAAGUUUCUUUCUGGGAAUGAAAGGUAAUUUGUUUCCACAUUGUAUGAUAUUAUAUACAUGGAUAAGUUGGUUCGUUAGUUUCAUA